ACGGUCGAGCUUCCUGUUACGCACUUGUACACGGGAAUGAUAAAACCAAUUCUCCUGCGGCCUCUUGCUUCAAUUUACUUCUCUGCAGCUCAAAACAUCUGAUUUCGGGUCGUUGAAGACGCCCGUAAGGAUUCCCUUUCUUCUUUAUUUAUUCAUUUAUUAUUUUUUUUUGACCUCGUUUUGCGGAUCCACCUUCACCUCUCGAGUAGAAUAAAAGGCGCUCGUCAAUUCAUUAACACCGCUCAGAAUGGCGUCGUUGGGUGAGGACUUGCUUACCACCGUGAACAAGUUGCAGGACUUGGUCUUCAAUACAAUUGGCAAUGAUUCCCUUGAUCUACCACAGAUUGUUGUGGUAGGCUCACAGUCGUCAGGCAAGUCAUCGGUGCUAGAAAAUAUCGUUGGGAGAGAUUUUCUACCAAGAGGAAGUGGGAUCGUUACUAGAAGACCAUUGAUCUUACAACUUAUAAAUAUUCCAAGCGAGCGCCAUGAUAAACCUGCAAGUGAUGACGUCCACGUACCACAUACAGCUGCUAGUGUCGCAGGCCAAAAUGAGUGGGCGGAAUUCCAUCAUCUCCCAGGUCGGAAAUUCGACGAUUUUGCCCUAGUAAAGCAAGAGAUUGAUGCCGAAACUGCGAGGAUAGCAGGAAAUAACAAGGGUAUUAAUCGGCAACCCAUAAACCUGAAAAUAUUCUCGCCUCACGUCCUUAACCUUACCCUGGUAGACUUACCAGGAUUAACAAAGGUACCAAUUGGAGACCAGCCAUCAGAUAUCGAGAAACAGACUCGGACUUUGAUUUUGGAAUAUAUAGCGAAACCAAACAGCAUCAUACUUGCAGUAUCUCCGGCAAACGUGGAUAUCGUUAACUCUGAGGCGUUGAAGCUUGCGCGCCAAGUGGAUCCUAUGGGUAGAAGGACUAUCGGCGUUCUGACAAAGCUCGAUCUUAUGGACCACGGCACCAACGCCUUGGAUAUUCUGUCUGGUCGAGUAUAUCCUUUGAAAUUGGGAUUCAUUGGUGUUGUCAACCGAUCUCAACAAGAUAUUCAAUCUGGCAAGUCGCUGUCCGAAGCAUUGAAAGCAGAAGCAGAAUUCUUCCGGCAUCAUCCUGCUUAUCGAAAUAUGGCGAAUCGGUGUGGGACGCAAUUCCUCGCCAAAUCUUUGAAUUCGACUCUAAUGGCUCAUAUUCGAGAUCGGCUGCCAGAUAUUAAGGCACGUCUUAAUACGCUGAUGGGUCAGACACAACAAGAGCUUGCUAGUUACGGCAAUAAGCAGUUCAGCGGUAAAGAGCACCGUGGGUCGCUAAUACUGCAGCUGAUGACCCGGUUUGCUUCUUCCUUUAUAUCCUCUAUUGACGGAACUUCAUCCGAAAUUUCGACCAAGGAGCUCUGCGGGGGAGCUCGCAUCUACUACAUUUUCAAUUCUGUCUUUGGAAAUUCUCUUGAGACGAUUGAUCCCACCCACAACUUGACCGUUUCUGAUAUAAGAACAGCGAUCCGAAACUCGACUGGCCCACGCCCUAGUCUCUUUGUCCCUGAACUUGCCUUCGAUCUGCUUGUUAAACCUCAAAUCAAACUUUUGGAGGCCCCUAGCCAGAGAUGUGUUGAGCUUGUAUAUGAGGAACUCAUAAAAAUCUGCCACACGUGCGGUUCGCAAGAGCUCUUACGGUUUCCUCGUCUCCAGGGGAAGCUUAUUGAGGUUGUGUCAGAUCUCUUACGCGAGCGUUUAGGUCCCUGCUCAAACUAUGUGGAGUCACUGAUUUCCAUUCAGCGUGCCUAUAUCAACACUAACCAUCCCAACUUCCUUGGCGCAGCAGCAGCGAUGUCGUCGAUUAUGCAAAACAAGCAAGAGCAGGAAAGAAAAGCGGCGUUGGCAGAAGACAGAAGAAAGCGCGAAAAGCGGAGAUUGAAAGAACUUGGUGGUAUCAAUGGACAGUCACCUACUCGUGAAGAGGAGGAAGAGCAACAGGGCCUACCAAUCAGGAAGAACAACAGGAGCAUGUCACCCCACGUUGGAAAAGCGGUGGAAAAUGGAAUCACGCCUCCAGUAAAUGGUGCGCAAUUGAAUGCUCCGCCAGCAUUCGGGGGGCCAAACGCUGCUCGUGACUCGUUUCUGAAUUACUUUUUUGGCAAAGAAGGCGGAUUGCAGAGCUCUACAUUGUCUCCACCGAACACUGCUCACCAAAAUCGACAAUUUGGUGAGCCCGCCAUUGGCCAGCAGAAUAUUCAUCGAGGGGAAUUUCGGUCGCCAGUAGUACAAGAGGAGUAUAUUGCUCCACCUGACUUUGGCGGCGAGUCUUCUCAGUUUCCAAGCGAUAAUGCGGAGCCUGCUCUCACCGACCGUGAGAUAUUAGAGACGGAAUUGAUCCGCCGCUUAAUUUCGUCGUACUUCAAUAUUGUGCGGGAAACUAUAGCUGACCAGGUUCCAAAAGCUAUCAUGCACCUUCUUGUCAAUCAUAGUAAGGAGGUUGUCCAGAACAGACUUGUCAGUGAGCUAUAUAAAGAGGAGCUUUUCAAUGACUUGCUGUACGAGGAUGACGGCGUCAAAUCGGAAAGGGAAAAGUGUGAGAGGCUCCUAGAGACAUACAAGGAGGCAGCAAAAAUUGUAGGUGAAGUCCUCUAAAUUUGAUUCUCUGAUCUUGGGAUUCUUUCCCCCGCGUCUCGCAAUUCCGAGUACAUUGGGCAUGGAAGUAGAGUGAAAGUCUGGACUCUGCUGGUAUAAUAUACACUUGGUGACAUAGAUAUCUUGUUGACAGUCGUUUAUUAUGUACUUUAUGAAUGAUUAGAGACUUGAGAGUUUCUUAGACCACCUUCAAUAUCGCUCGAUAUGCACCGACGAAAUUCAUGACCGUGGUUUAUGCAGACCUUUUUUGCGUCCUGAGCUGUGUGUAUUAGCAGGUUAGGGUUGAGAUGAAGUGGUAUUCAGUGGCAAAGAGGUAUACCAUGCGUCAGUAGACUGUAGAUUCAAUUACGAAAUGACAUUUGCA